AUGGCCUUCAUCCCUCUCCUCUCCCUCCUGCUGGUCUCCUGGCUCGGAAGAUCGUCAUCGUUCUUCCUGCCCGACACUCCGGAGAUCAGGCAGCUACUGAGUCGAUACGAGGACCAAGAAACUGGUCAGAACGGCACCAGCCGAGGCAGGAGCAGGCGCGCCAUCCGCUGGUCGGACCGCCAGGAGAUCCUCCAGCUGCAUAACAAGCUGAGGGGCUCGGUGUAUCCCAGCGCGGCCGACAUGGAGUACAUGGUGUGGGAUGAUGAGCUAGAGAGGUCUGCCACGCACUGGGCUGAGAUGUGUCAGUGGGAUCACGGACCUCAGGACCUGCUCAUGUCCAUCGGGCAGAACCUUGCCGUGCAUUGGGGAAGAUACCGCUCGCCCGCCUUCCAUGUUCAGGCCUGGUACGAUGAGGUGAAAGAUUACACCUACCCCUACCCUCACGAGUGCAACCCUUGGUGUCCUGAGCGCUGCUCGGGGCCUAUGUGUACUCACUACACCCAGGUGGUUUGGGCCACCACGAGCAGAGUUGGCUGUGCCGUGCACGUGUGUCCCGUGAUGAACGUGUGGGGGGAAACGUGGGAGAACGCCGUCUACCUCGUUUGCAACUACUCUCCAAAGGGAAACUGGAUCGGGGAGGCUCCGUACAAAAAUGGACGCCCUUGUUCCCAGUGCCCUCCUAGCUACGGUGGAGGAUGCAGAAAUAAUUUGUGCUACAAAGACUCCCAGCGUACUGAAACUGAGGAUAUGAAUGAGGUGGAGAAGCCACAGGUGCCUGUCGUGCCUCGCACGACCGCGAAACCAGCACCCAAGCCCUCCACUCCAAGGAGACCUGUGUCCAGGCCAUCUGCGCCAAGCACCCCGUCCUCAAGGAAUCCGAGUAACACCUACCUGGCUCAGCCCAUCAAGUGUGAGACCAGACUGCGAGAUAAAUGCAGAGGCGUAACCUGCAACAGAUAUAAGUGUCCCGCUAACUGCAUGAAUAGAAAAGGAAAGGUUUGGGGAACACUCUACUAUGAUGUGCAAUCGAGUAUUUGCCGAGCUGCAAUUCACUUUGGUGCAAUCGACAAUAAUGGAGGAAUUGUGGACAUCUCCAGGAUGGAAGCAAAGGUUCCUUUCUUUGUCAAAGCCACCAAGAAUUCCAUCGAGUCUUUUAGUAAAUACAAGCCAGGAAAUGCCUUUAUGAUGUCCAAAGUACAUGAAACCAAUAUUGACUGCUACACUACAGUGGCUGACAUCUGCCCAUUCAAAAAGCCACUUUCACAUUGUCCAAGAAUGUUCUGUCCUUCUGACUGCAAGAAUCAACCCUCUUAUUGGUCACCAGUGAUUGGCAACAACUUCUACACAGAUAACUCCAGUAUUUGUAAGGCGGCCAUCCAUGCAGGGGUGAUCCCACCUGACGGGGGCUUUGUGGAUGUCCUGCCCCUGGACAAGAGAAAGAGUUAUGUUGGUGUGCUGAAAAACGGCAUCCAGUCUGAAAGUAAAAGCAACACAGAGGGAGGUUCCUUCCGCAUCUUUGCCGUGAGGGAGUGA